AUGGUGGUAGAUGAAGAAGUCCGAGCUCGAGCCGAAGCGUGGAGCACUGCCUACAGCUACAUCAAGUCGAGUGCCAUUGUUUGCGCGGUGGAGCUAGCGCUUCCCGACAUCUUGGAAAACCACGGCGGCCCAAUGUCGCUCUCUCAGCUCUCCGCCGCCGCCAACUGCCCCGAGGAACCGCUCUUCCGCCUCAUGCGCUUCCUCAUCUUCCACGGCAUCUUCAAGAAAGACCAGUCAUCUCCGUUGGUUUACUACGAUCAAACGCCGCUUUCGCGCUUUUUCACGAGCGACAAGCUGGGAGAUUUCUUCUUGUUGCAGUCGACGCCGGCGACGCGGAGCCCGACCGGCUUGAGCGCCGAGGCCCUGCGGAGCGGAAGCCCUCUUUAUCUAUAA